CUGCCGGGAGAGGCCGGAAGCGGCGCUGUUGCCGCGGCGGCGGCGGCGGCGGCGGGUCCAAGAUGGCGGUGCAGGAGUCGGCGGCGCAGCUCUCCAUGACGCUGAAGGUGCAGGAGUACCCCACGCUCAAGGUACCUUACGAAACAUUGAACAAACGGUUCCGGGCUGCUCAGAAAAACAUUGAUCGAGAAACCAGCCACGUGACUAUGGUUGUGGCAGAGCUAGAGAAGACCCUGAGCAGCUGUCCAGCUGUGGAUUCGGUGGUCAGUCUCCUGGACGGAGUGGUGGAAAAACUCAGCGUCCUGAAGCGAAAGGCAGUAGAAUCGAUCCAGGCCGAAGACGAGAGUGCGAAACUAUGCAAACGCAGAAUCGAGCAUCUUAAAGAACACAGUAGCGACCAGCCAGCGGCUGCCAACAUGUGGAAGAAAAAACGGAUGGACCGAAUGAUGGUGGAACACCUCCUGCGGUGCGGCUAUUACAACACUGCAGUGAAAUUAGCCAGGCAGAGCGGCAUUGAGGACUUGGUAAAUAUUGAGAUGUUCCUAACUGCCAAAGAAGUAGAAGAAUCCUUGGAAAGGCAAGAAACCAUGACUUGUUUAGCCUGGUGUCAUGAUAACAAGUCUAGGCUCAGGAAAAUGAAGAGUUGUCUGGAAUUCAGUCUAAGGAUUCAGGAGUUCAUAGAACUUAUUCGACAGAACAAGAGAUUGGAUGCUGUCAGGCACGCACGGAAACAUUUCAGCCAGGCCGAGGGGAGCCAGCUGGACGAAGUGCGGCAGGUGAUGGGGAUGUUAGCCUUUCCUUCGGAUACUCAUAUCUCCCCUUACAAGGAUCUCCUGGACCCUGCUCGGUGGAGGAUGCUAAUCCAGCAGUUUAGAUACGAUAACUACAGGUUGCAUCAGCUGGGGAAUAACUCUGUCUUUACCAUAACACUCCAGGCUGGGCUUUCCGCCAUAAAAACACCACAGUGUUAUAAAGAGGAUGGCACUUCCAAAAACCCCGACUGCCCGGUGUGUAGCAAAUCCCUAAAUAAGCUGGCUCAGCCCCUGCCAAUGGCCCAUUGUGCCAACUCUCGGCUAGUCUGCAAGAUUUCGGGAGAUGUGAUGAAUGAGAAUAACCCCCCUAUGAUGCUUCCCAACGGAUACGUCUACGGAUACAAUUCCUUGCUUUCUGUUCGUCAGGAUGACAGAGUCGUUUGCCCGAGAACCAAAGAGGUCUUCAGUUUCUCCCAAGCCGAGAAAGUCUACAUCAUGUAAUCCCCUCUCACGCGCAAAUGAAGUGCCACUGGAUUUUGACACAAUUAAUUCUAUCCGUGCCCUGUAAAAAGAUGGUGGGAGUACGUGCGGCAAAGAAAAGCUGCGACUCGGGAGGGACGGGGUGGGGUGGGAAAUCGAGGCUUCGUUGGUGGCAUUUUUUCCCCGUGCGACCAAAGAUCCGUGAGCAAAAGCAUAGCACACUCUGAGAAAAGCGAGGAAGUGCGACUAAAGUUAAAAAAAAAGGUUGCACUCAGAGGGAACAAAUUUUGAAUGUUUGGAUUUUUGUAACCACGAUUGGGUUGUUGUUUUUUUUCCUCAAAUACUCAUCCAGCGGAAGCAGCUUACUCAAAAGAGAUCUAAAUAACUUUAGAUCUCAAAGGGGGGGGACAGUUCUCACUCGAGUUUUGCCUGUCCCCUAUUUCUACUUGUGUGUGAAAUAUUGUAUGACUCGAAGGGACUCAAUAUGCAAACCUAUAAUAGACGCGUCAGAGAGCUGGUUUCAGCUUCCCGAUGCAUGUCAGUCCUGCGUCCUCCGGGACACGCGUGCUGCACACGCCUUUCCCCUUCCGAUGUGUGGUUGUGUCACUGUGACCCACACCAACUGGAAGCACGCACCCAGCUGUGCAAAAACACAGUUAGCAAACACUUUUGGUCUUUCACAUAGCCUUUAGAAGACAGCCAGUCCUUGGAAUGGAUGCUGGGUAGAUGCUAACACAAGAUAGAAAAGACAGAGAAAGGUUUGUUGUCGUCUCUAAAACCUCUACAGUUCAGUUUUUCUCAAGCUUGGGAACUGGAAGACAGGUGGACUUCUGGGAGUUGAAGUCCACCUGUCUUCCAGUUCCCACGGUUGAGAAAUUCUGUCCUAAGAUAAUUUUAAGAAUCUUUUAAAAACUGCAUAAACACAGAACUGGUAACAUUGGAGCCACCAUGUGCCACUCGUCCGUCUGUCCUCCUUCCAGUUGACCAAUAGUGUUAAGGGCCUUUCGUUUAUUAGUUACUAUGUGCAUAGGAUUCAAAUAUCAAAAACCAUUUAGUGCUACUGCCUUAUUUUCUUGCUUUUGAGAAUGUAUUCACAUGAAGAAAAAAAAAAAAUCAGCUGGUAACCUUAAGUGUUGGGGAAGUUUUGAAGAAGAUGCCUUGCAGGAGAAUUAUGUAAUUUUAGGGUAUUGGCGGCCGAAGAGAAAAGGUUAGUUCAAUUUUUAACCGCUACCGAUCACAUCCUUCUCAUCCUCCAGACACACCCCCAUUGUAGUAGAGACAAAAACCAUACUAUAGACUUUGUAUUUAGCCUUUAUUUUUGCAUGUUGAUGUUGAUUAGCUAAUAAAGACAUUGCUCAUAA